AUGAUUGACCAACUUGUUAUUUACACAAAUGCAGAGAUUGAAAUAAAAAAGGUGAAGUACAAGGAACUCACUCAUACUAUUUCUCCAACUUCAGCUAUUGAACUAAAAGCUUUACUGGGUCUUCUUAUGCAAUCAGCUGCUAUAAAAAGUAAUCAUUUACCCACGAGAAUGUUGUUUGAUGCCAGAAGGAGUGGUAACAUUUUCAAAGCCUGCAUGAGCGCUGAGAGAUUUGAUUUCUUACUUAAAUGCCUUCGAUUUGAUGACAAAGCUACCAGACAAGACAGAAGAGCAUCCGAUAAAUUUGCACCUAUAAGAGAAUUUUGGGAGAAAUUCAUUGGUCAUUGCAAACAAUGGUACAAGCCAAGUUCCUAUCUGACAAUCGAUGAACAAUUAGUUGGGUUCAGAGGGCGCUGCCCAUUUCGAAUUUAUAUACCCAAUAAGCCUAACAAGUACGGCAUAAAAAUUGUAAUGGUUGCAGAUUCUAAUUCAAAGUACGUAUACAAUGCUACGCCUUAUUUGGGUAAAGGAACCAAUUGCGAUAAUAUGCCUCUUGCCACACAUUUUUUGAAACAACUCUGUGAGCCUGUCUAUGGGACAAACAGAAAUAUUACGAUUGACAAUUGGUUCACUUCAGUGCCACUUGCUUCAGAAUUACUUCAGGACUCGUAUAAACUCACACUUGUUGGGACAAUACGUAGUAAUAAGCGAGAGAUUCCACCUGAGAUGAAAAACAAAAAAUCAAGAAAGAUUAAUACUUCGAUGUUUGCAUUUGAUGGUGAGAAGACUCUGGUCUCGUUUAAACCGAAAUCUAACAAGACAGUAUUUCUUCUAUCGACAGUGCACAAUCAGCCAGACAUUAACUCCACUUCGAAAAAGCCUGGAAUUAUACAUUUUUACAAUAGUACCAAAGGUGCUGUCGACACUGUCGACCAAAUGUGCUCAGCUAUAUGUGUCAAUCGCAAAACCAAUAGAUGGCCUCAAUGCGUGUUUCAUAAUGUCUUGAACCUGUGCCUAAUUAAUUCAUAUGUCAUCUAUGUGUCGAACAUGGUCAGAGAACGGCAAAAACCAAUGAGACGUAGGACUUUCGUCCAAAGUUUAGUCGAUAAGCUCAUAGAGCCAUGGUUACGAGAGCGGUAUAACACUGUCACUUUGAGGAGGGAUAUAAAAGCUAGUAUCAAAGAUAUUUUAAAAAUUGAAGAUGCUACUCCUAGUACCUCUCAAGCGCAACAAAAUAAGCGUAAAAUAUGUUCUUUUUGUCCUUACAAAAAACACAGGAUGACUAAAUAUGUUUGCAGCCGCUGCAAGACGGCGAUUUGCGGGGAACAUACGGUUCCAGUGUGUGCCGACUGCCAAGAAUAA